UACGUUUUCGGAGCUAUGAAGUGCUUUUCAUUCUCCAUUGGAGACAAAAAGGAUGAACAGAAGACGAAUCAAUCAACACUUACAGAUGGUGAAAUGAAGAGAUCUGGUUCCGAAUUAAAUUCCCAAAAUAUUUCUGAUGCCAGCACUGAGUCUUUGAGGCGGAACUCAUACCCUAGUUUCUCUCAAAGACCCAGCAAUCUGAAAAUAUUUACAGUUCCUGAGCUGAAGUCAGCCACAAAGAACUUUAGCCGCUCUGCGAUGUUAGGAGAGGGUGGUUUUGGGUGUGUCUAUAAGGGAUUGAUAAAGAGCUCAGAAGAUCCUUCAGGAAAACUUGAAGUUGUAGUGAAGAAGCUCAGUAAAAGAGGAUUGCAGGGGCACAAGGAAUGGGUUACCGAAGUAAAUGUCCUUGGGGUGGUUGAGCAUCCUAACCUUGUUAAAUUGGUGGGCUACUGUGCUGAAGAUGAUGAAAGGGGAAUCCAAAGGCUUCUUAUAUAUGAAUAUAUGCCUAAUGGAAGUGUAGAGGACCAUAUAUCCUCUCAAUGUGAGAUACCUCUUCCAUGGAACAUGAGAUUGAAAAUAGCUCAAGAUGCUGCUCGUGGCUUAGCAUAUCUACAUGAAGGGAUGGACUUCCAGAUCAUCUUCCGGGAUUUCAAAUCUUCAAAUAUCCUUCUAGAUGACCAGUGGAAUGUGAAGCUAUCAGACUUUGGAAUGGCUAGGUUGGGCCCAACAGAAGGAUUAACUCACGUCUCCACUGCGGUUGUUGGGACAAUGGGAUAUGCAGCACCUGAAUAUCUCCAAACCGGACGUCUUACUUACAAGAAUGAUGUGUGGAGCUAUGGAGUCUUUCUCUAUGAACUUAUAACAGGUAGGCGUCCUAUAGAUAAAAGCCGGCCUAAGAGUGAGCAGAAGCUUUUAGAUUGGGUGAGGCCACACUUAUCAGACUCAAAGAAGUUCAGACUAAUAAUAGACCCUAGGCUCGAAGGGAAAUACCCUCUCAAGUCAGUCCAAAAGCUUCCUAUGCUUGCAAAAUAGUGUUUUAAAACUUACUUCUUAGUU